AUGGCAGCCCAGAAUGGAAACACUAGUUUGGCACCCAACUUUCAUCCAACCCAAGAUCAUGCAUCCUCACUCCCUCUCAACUUCAGUUACGGCGAUUAUGAUCUCCCUCUGGAUGAAGAUGAGGACGUGACCAAGACCCGGACCUUCUUUGCAGCCAAGAUUGUCAUCGGUGUGGCCCUGGCAGGCAUCAUGCUCAUCUGUGGCAUUGGCAACUUUGUCUUUAUCGCUGCCCUGGCCCGCUAUAAGAAGCUGCGCAAUCUCACCAACCUGCUCAUUGCUAACCUGGCCAUCUCUGACUUCCUGGUGGCCAUUGUCUGCUGCCCCUUCGAGAUGGACUAUUAUGUGGUGCGCCAGCUCUCCUGGGAGCACGGCCAUGUGCUCUGUGCCUCUGUCAACUACCUGCGCACAGUCUCCCUCUACGUCUCCACCAAUGCCCUGCUGGCCAUCGCUAUUGACAGAUACCUGGCCAUUGUUCACCCCUUGAAACCACGGAUGAAUUAUCAAACAGCCUCGUUCCUGAUCGCUCUGGUCUGGGUAGUAUCUAUCCUCAUCGCCAUCCCAUCUGCCUAUUUCACCACAGAAACCGUCCUUGUUAUUGUCAAGAGCCAAGAGAAGAUCUUCUGUGGCCAGAUCUGGCCAGUGGACCAACAGCUCUACUACAAGUCCUACUUCCUCUUCAUCUUUGCCCUGGAGUUCGUGGGCCCAGUGGUCACCAUGACCCUGUGCUAUGCCAGGAUCUCCCAGGAGCUGUGGUUCAAGGCGGUCCCGGGCUUCCAGACUGAGCAGAUCCGCAAGCGGCUGCGCUGCCGCCGGAAGACGGUGCUGGUGCUCAUGUGCAUCCUCACGGCCUACGUGCUGUGCUGGGCGCCUUUCUAUGGCUUCACCAUCGUGCGCGACUUCUUCCCCACUGUGUUCGUGAAGGAGAAGCACUACCUCACCGCCUUCUACGUGGUCGAGUGCAUCGCCAUGAGCAACAGCAUGAUCAACACUGUGUGCUUCGUGACCGUCAAGAACAACACCAUGAAGUACUUCAAGAAGAUGCUGCUGCUGCACUGGCAGCCCUCCCAGCACGGGAGCAAGUCCAGCGCUGAUCUGGAACUCAAAACCAGUGUGGUGCCUGCCACCGAGGAGGUGGACUGUAUCAGGCUGAAGUGACCCGCAAGUG